CAAAGUCAAUGAAUACAUACAAAAAUAUUUUUGUUUUGUAAAUUUAGGUUAUUUUAUUUCCAAUUUCCUAUCCUAUUGUGUAUUUGGACUAAGAUAUAUAGCAAAUCGCUUAGAUUCUUAGCUUACAUAGUAUAAUAUUGAUUCCGAUUGUUAAGUUUCAUUAUUUGGGUAUAAUAUCAUUAAUAUGGAGGAGCAAAAGAUUAAAACUAAAUUCAAAAUUUUGAAGAACAAAAUUUCGCCAUUCAUAUUAAGAUCUUUAAAAGGCAUGGCAUUUAAACACAUGACUGAUAUUCAAGCUGCAGUGUUACCGAAAGCUCUUCAAGGUUUGGACGUUGUAGCUACAGCAAAAACAGGCUCUGGGAAAACAAUUGCUUUUUUAAUACCAGCUAUAGAACAGGUUAUGAAAUGUACGGAGGAGUCUAUACGAGGUACCCAAUGCAUAAUAAUCUCUCCGACUCGGGAGUUAGCCAUGCAGACAUACAGUGUGAUGAAAGAGCUCUUGUCUGGACAUGAGGAUAUUACAUCAUCUUUAGUAAUUGGAGGAGAGAGUAGAAAAAAACAGUGUUCUGAACUUUCAAGAGGUGUGAAUAUAGUAGUAGCAACUCCGGGAAGACUGUUUGAUCAUAUGAGGACAAAAGAGUUUGACUACAGAAAUGUACGAUGUCUAGUUUUGGAUGAAGCUGAUAAGAUAUUUCAGUAUGGAUUUGAAGAAGAUUUGAAACAGAUUAUCAGUCGCCUUCCGAAAAAUAGGCAAACAAUGUUAUUCAGUGCAACACACUCAGAAACUACAGAAGCUCUGAUUAAGUCAGCCAUGAAAGAGGAUGUCCAGAUUAUAAACACUGAUGAAGAUAAUGUGAAAGCCACAGUUGAUGGACUGAAGCAAGGGUAUGUGAUAAUCCAAACAGAGUUGAGGAUGUGGUGGCUUCAUAAACUACUAAAGAAGACUCGCAAACAAAAGGUUAUGGUGUUUUUCUCAAGCUGCAAGUCUGCAGAGUUCCACUACAAGUUCUUCUCCAAUUAUUGUGAAGCAUCAGUAUUGUGCAUACAUGGUAAGAUGAGCCAAGGAGACAGAACAGAAAUGAUAUCCAAUUUUUACAAUGCUCAGAAGGGUGCUCUCUUCUGCACAGACUUGGCAGCUCGAGGAUUGGACAUACCAGCCGUGGAUUGGAUAGUGCAAUUUGAUCCCCCUUCUGAUACUAAUGAAUACGUACACAGAGUGGGACGAACAGCUAGAGGGCUAGGUGCUGCCGGCAAUGCAGUAUUGUUGCUAAGGCCAGAGGAGAAAGAGUUUAUUGUACACUUAGAAGAAGCCAAGGUCUUUUUGGACAAGUAUGAAACGUGGGGCAACUACUCCAAUUUACAACCUAUGUUGGAUGAAGCUUUAAAAAAUGAGCACUUUCGUCAGUUAGCGAUCGAAGCCUAUGAAGGAUAUAUCCGCGCAUUCGAAGUGAAGAAAUUGAAAAAUGUCUUCAACCUCUUGACAAUGGAUUUGGAUGCUGUUGCACGGUCUUUUGGGUUGAAGGAGAAACCUGAUGUGGAUGUCCGUGUUGGAUUCAGUAAAAAGCACAGACCACGAAAACGCAUCGCGGCAAUGCUAGCAGACGCUGCCACGACUAAACGCGGCAAAAGAUGAAAUUAAAUCCAAAUCUAGAAUUUGUAAAUAAAUCUGUACCUUAUGUAAAUAUAACUUAAGUAUUCAAUACAA